ACGUCGAUCGUGUCGCAUCGUGUGGCAUGUUCGCUCUUGGAUCGUGCCCCUCGUUUCGCUUUCGUUACGGUUUUUCUUUUUGGGGGGACAGCACUGAAGUGCUCUUAUUCCGAACUCAAAUAAAUCUUGUGCAUGAUCCAAAAAUAAAACCCCGUAAAAAAGGGGGACAAAAACAAAAGAGCGUGCCAAGAAGUUUCCCCUCCCAAGUAAAAAUCGAAAAGUGAAAAUGUUUACGUCUCACGAAAUGUUAAUCAAACUUAAUGAAAAGUCGAGUGAAACGCUCUUCAAUCAACGAUAAAGCCAAGUGACAAAGAAAAAUAUCUGCGAAUGUGUUUCGUUGCGAAAAGUAUCUGCCAAAAGCUAUCUGCCAAUUUGUUAUUUCGUAGCAGAUCAAAGAUUCAAAAAUAUCCGUGUGGGCCAUAAAGCAAAUCAAGUGGAAAUUUAUUUGUUUAAGACACAGAAAAGCGUGUGGGAAAGAGACGAGACACAGAAAUGAAAUGCUGCGUGUGGCAGGGAGGAAAGAGGAAACUUUUUGUAGCCAAAUGAAAUGAAAUGUACAAAAGAGAAAGUUGCUAGGAGAAGCGAAAGCGAGAGGACAAAGAAAUCCGAAUGCUAAAACAUUUCAAGUAAAUAAACUGUGAGGGAAAGCUGCUACUACUCGUAUAUGGCAAAGGAAAAUCCAAGGAAAAUGUGAGCGAUUCGGCUUGGUUGUGUCCAAAACUAAGAAAAACAAAAAACAAAAAGAACAAUUAACAUCACGAGGAAAACACGCAAAAGACAAACAACGAAAACGAAACACAAACGGAAUGUGCGGAAAAGUUGGAAUAGAAGUAAAUAAAGCAAAAGUGUAAGACCGAAAAUAGCAGUAAAGCAGCACCAGAAGGAAAAUCUCAUAUACCCCAAAAGACUCCCAAAAGCAAAAAGACAUGAAGUUUCGUUUAGCAACAUUUUGGCUAUUUCUGCUGACAAUUGGCAGCCACGGCAACGGCGGUAGCAGGGGCCAUCACAAGCAAUUAAGCCUUGAUUGCUGCCAGGGGCAUGGGCAUGCCCCCACAUGGGGCGUGGCAGCUGCAACAGCAGCUGCAGAAUCAAUCGCCCCACAAGACAACGACAACAACGACAAAGGAAAUGAACUGGAAAAUGCAAUGAAAUUGCGUGAAACCUCAAAGCAAAAGCAAACGGAAAGGCAAACGCAGGUUAUUGGGGACAUCACAACAACAGCAACAGCAACAAUGGGGUCAACAAGAGGGGCAACAACCGCAUACCAAACGGCAGAGGAUGCCACAACACUGGCGGCGGCAUCCAAAUCAAUUGGCCAGCAGGCAGUGCGACGUGCCAAGGACGCCGCUGCCAUAGCUGGUAUCCAAAAUUUGGAACUUCACUUAAAGCAGAGUGUGGCAAGGCUCUUCAACAGCGAUGAAGAGUCCAACGAGGGUUCUGACGUUGAGAGUGACAGCGGAACAGCCUCAAUAUUGGUCACAGAUUCAACAGCCACAACGGCCACAGCAGCCAUGGCCACAGCUACAGCUACAGCCACGACGGUGACCACACAUCAUCCUGGACGGCGACAUGUGGUACCCGAUAAGCUGCAGUAUACCAAAGAGAUACAAAUCAAGCAGGGUCGCCUCAUGGGCAUCACACGUCGCUUUCAGGUUACAAGCGGCCUAAGGGAGGUGGAUCAGUAUCUGGGAUUGCCCUAUGCCGAGGCCCCGACAGGCAAUCGACGAUUUAUGCCGCCAGGUGCACCAUUGCCAUGGCAGGGCCUAAAGAUAGCGCGUCAUUUGCCCCCAGUUUGCCCACAAAAACUACCAGAUCUGACGUCUCAUGGUAGCGUUAACAUGUCACGGGCCCGUCAUAAGUAUUUGAGUCGACUGUUGCCGUACCUGCGGUCGGAGGGCGAGGACUGUCUGUAUCUGAAUCUGUAUGUGCCGCAUGAGGAACCUUUGGUUGCCCCCAAGCAAUAUGCAGUACUGGUCUACCUACACGGCGAAUCCUUUGAGUGGAACAGUGGUAAUGCCUACGAUGGAUCUGUACUCUCCAGCUACGGCGAGGUAAUUGUCGUCACCGUAAACUACCGAUUGGGUGUACUGGGUUUCCUGCGCCCUAGCAUUGAUGCCCAUAAUAUAGCCAACUAUGCGCUACUCGAUCAGAUAGCGGCCUUGCAUUGGAUCAAGGAGAACAUUGGUUCAUUCAAUGGCGACAAUACGCGUGUGACACUGAUGGGUCACAGCACGGGUGCGGCAUGUGUCAAUUAUCUAAUGGUGUCGCCCGUGGCCUCAGGCCUUUUCCAUCGCGCCAUCCUCAUGUCGGGCUCUGCAAUGUCCGACUGGGCCUCCAGCAAUCAGUCUUUGCAAUUGACAAUGCAAAUCGCCCAUGCCCUCGACUGUCCACUGAGCGGUGGCGGUGGCGGCGGCGGUGGCGGCGGCGGUGACGAGCAUUUCGAUGCGGAUGAUGAGGAUGCCCUGCUCGAUUGCUUGCGCCAGCGUCGGUAUCAGGAUAUCUUGCACAUACCAACAUCGCUUCAACAAUUUUCAACAUCAUUGGGUCCAAUUGUCGAUGGACAUGUAAUACCAAAUCAACCGUACAAGGUCAUGGGGCAUUAUACGGAGCAUUUCAGCCGUUAUGAUUUAUUAUUCGGCAUCACGGAGUCAGAAUCCUAUCACACACUGGCCGCAUUAGCACUCGAGGAAGGAUUACGUGAAAAUGAACGCGAUAAUUUAUUACGCUUCUAUAUGCAGAGUCGCUUUGAUGUACGCCCCGAUUUGGCAUUGGCUGCCACGCUAAAGAAAUACCAGGACAUGUACAACAAUCCGAUUAAGGCCACUAAUUUGGAGCAUCGUGAUGUGGUGCUGGACAUACUGUCCGAUGCCCGUGUCGUUGGGCCUCUGCUGCAGACUGGAAUGUUCCAUGCGGAUGUCAAUCGGCGCAAUUAUAUGUACGUAUUUGGCCAUAACAGCGCAACGGGACCGUAUGCCAACCUACCGCAUAGCAUUAUGGGCGAGGAAUUGGCGUUUAUCUUUGGUGCGCCUUUGGCUCCCGCAGGUCCUUUUCCCAGCCAUAACUAUACGAUGCAGGAAAAGCUUCUUUCAGAGGCGGUAAUGGCAUAUUGGACGAAUUUUGCAAAGACAGGCAAUCCGAAGGCGCCAUGGAAAGGCAUCUUCCUGAAUUCACAUGCCCUCGAGUGGGAUCGCUAUGACCUCGACUGGCCGGAGUUUAAUAAGCGAGCCCAGGCCUAUCUCAAUAUUGGAAUCCCACCGACUGUGGGCUACAAGUACCGACAAAUCUAUAUGAAUUUCUGGAACAAAGAGCUGCCCGAUGAACUCAAUCAAAUUGCAGCACUGCAGGAGCAGCUGCAUCCCGGCAAUGAAGUGAUUACGGGUCACAUGAGCAAGUACGGUCCGCGGGACAAUGGCGCUGAGGACCCAGUGCGUACGCUUAAGCUGCUGCUGCAGGAGCCCAGUCUGGCCAACAGUCCGGACUCAACGGAAACGGCAGCAGAGAAUAUGUACAAUGCACCGCCCACCUUUGGGCAUGUGAUGCACAAGCAGCAGCCACAGCAGCAGGAGGAGGAUCUGGAGGUAACCUCUGCCACACACCCAAUGGAGGACCAACCGGAGACGGUGGCCAAAUCGGAGACUACGUUGCAGCUGCUAAUUGCAUUGAUAGCCCUGAUUAUUGCCUUGAAUGUGAUCAUUUAUGGCACGUUCCUGAUGCGGCAGCGUCGCAAGAGAGCCAAAAUGUUGCCGUUUCCGGCGCCAAAGCUGAAUGGGAACAUCCUCAGCUACGACGGAGCCAACGACGAUGAGCUGAAGCGCUGCAGCAAAUCGCGGGAUGGGGAUGACAGCUACAUCAUGGACAUGGCACGAAAGUCCAACACUUAUGAGGCCAUCAAAACGAGUCAGCGGUCGGCCAUCAAUGGGUAUGCGAUCCAGCGGCAGCUCAGCUGCUCGACGGUGGAUACCCACACGAAGGUCUGCGAGUGGAUGUCGGGACAGGAGCAGUUGCCAAAAUCUGGCAGCUUUGCCACACCCACUGCGACGACACCCACGGCAGUGCUUGCCGAUGGCCGGAUGAUCAUUUGCCAGGACAUUGAAGUGGCGGAUGCUGCACUGCUGAUACCCCAGCACAUGCACGAGCCGCAGCACUACGAAAUGCUGCUCCAGCGACAACAUUCGGCCCUCACCGAACCCAGUGAGGAUGUUCUGCAGCAGAUGCCACUGCAUCGGCACGCCCACUCGGAUCCUGUGGACAUGAUCCUGGCCGCCGACGAGCAGGUGACCAGCUUCGUGCACGCCGACGAUGUGGACAUUAAUGUGACGAGUCGCGAUGAGGAUUGUGUGCUGGCAGUAGUGCCCCUGACGGCUGCCCAACAGCUGGAGCUGCUACGCCAGCGUAACUAUCCCAAGGUGCUGCCCACUGCCCAGGAUCUGAGGGAUAGCCGUGGCAGCUACAAGCGGAACUCUUUGCCGCCGCAGAACUUCAGCGCUCCACUGCCACCGCCGCGCACCAUUAGCAGCACUUUGGGGCGGCGGCGACGGGACAGCAGCAACAUUACCACAUCGCCACUGCAACUGGCGCAGGAUCUGGCAGGGGAAGAGGAUGAGCCCGGGGAGCCGCAGAUUACCCAGAAUACACUAAUCUUCGGUCCCAUUGUGCCCAAGUCGCCGGCGACCUCGUUAAAGCGACAGAGACGAGCGCCCGAAGCGACAGCAGCGACGACAGCUGCAACAGCAGCAGCAGCAGCAGCGGCGACGGCGGCGAUGACAGCACUUAGCGGAUCCUUCCAAUCCUUUGAGUCGGUGCCGCCGGCUCAUGAGACCACACCGCCGCAGGGCGGUGAGCGUACCGAAUGCAUUUACUCGAUUGAGGCGAGUCCUGAGGCGUGUCCAGGCAACGAUGGGACGAGCUGGUCGGCGCCCAAUGGCGAUUUGUAUGCGCAGCCGAUGAAAUCUCCCUCCAGGACAUCGCUCAUACCGCGCCUCACUCAACAGCAGCAGCAGCAGCCGCAGCCGCAGCCGAUGCCACAUCUUCAUCAGGGAGUAGUCGCAGAAGGAGGAGUAGAGACACCAGCUGCACUGGUGCCUGGAGGAGCAUCAUCAAUGGCCACCGUAACACCGACCCGCAUACCUCAAUUGUUGCAGCGUCAGGCUUCCGGCAAGGAUUUGCGCACAGCAAACACCGCAAAUCCCAUGGGAAGCCAGCAACAACAACAACAACAACAACAACAACAACACCAACAGCAGCGCACAGACUCCACAAUAUCAUCAGAUUCGUCGGCUUCGGCGGCAUCAUCCACAGCAUCAGCCUCCACUUCGGCAUCAUCGUCGACAUCCUCAUCCUCAUCCACGAACACGGUGCGCACCGAAUUGCAGCAGCAUUGCCAGCAGCCUGGCAAAAGUAUUACGACCAAUAUAUAGGAAAAACAAAACACCCAGGAGGAGCAGCGACCAGCUAGCAGCCAGCAGCCAGCUGCCAAGAAGUUCUUCAAUUUAACGCCAGAGAGAAAGAGAGUGGAGAGCGACACGAGUUAGAAAGGAUGAAGGUCCCGCUGUGGCCGCAUUGCGGCGUACGAGGAGCAGCAACUCUGACAGCUGCCUGCCAAAUGCCUGCUGCCCUCUCAGAAUCUCCGACUCUCCGCCUCGCCAUUGGGGUCCACGCACACAGGCUGUCGGAAUUUUAUAGAGCUUGCGUAAAUUUAAUAAUACAUUUUGGUAUAAAGUUUAUCUUUGACUUGGCGGCGGCGAUGGCGGUUAGGAGCUUCCACUGCAGUUUGUGUGCCCUGAAAGGAAAGUUUUCACCCAUCGUAAAUUAGUUUCGAGAAUUGCAAAGAGAGAAUUUUUGCAGCAAAAUGUUUCAGUGGGCAGCAUCGUAUCGAUAUAAGCAGAGGGAAAGUCUCAUCAAAUCAGAGUAACUUUUGAGUGAUGAAAGAAAAGCAUCUGAGUGGGAAAUAUCUUUGACAGAUGGAAAAUAGAUUGGUUUAUGGUUUGAAGGGGAAAUAAGAAAUAAGAAAAGUUGCAGAGAUAUUUAUAAUUUAUGUAUAAUUUAGUCAUAAUUUUAUGCAUUACAAAUCACAGUCAUUAUUCUGAUGUAAACCAAAGAAAAGCUAUCCACAAAUUGUACAGCAUGGGAUGGAUCCCCACAGCAAGUAUUAUAAGUUAAAUGUUCUUUCUAUUAAAUAAAAUUAGGUUUCUUGCCAUAUGACAUAACAUAACACACACACAAGACACUCAUCGAUGAAGGCAAUUUGCAUAUGGCUGAUUUUUGCAUUUGUUUCCCCUGACAACCGACACAAGCAGAAAUUGCCAAUAACAAUGCCUUGCAUUUUGCCACUUCCACACCACGCCA